AUGAACUCCACUUUCGAGUCCCCUGGAUAUGUACCGGUAAAAUUGAAAGACCGGUACGGUUGGAAAGGUCAAAAGAGAGGCCAGCGCAUUAGGAUUGUCAAGGGAACGGGCAACAAGGGAAAUAGAAGGAAUUACACACUUGGAUAUGCCACUAAUCCCAGAGCUCGCGCCAACUUUGUCAUUGGAAGAAAGGGAUUUAACGCUUCCAGGAGGAAACCUAUAAACUCUGGCUUUCACAAGUUUAACAAUCGGGGUCCACAACAUAAGAAUGGCACACGAGGUAGAAUUAUAUUGAGGCGCACGGGAAAUAACCGCUCUAAUCGGAGACAAGGCUGGAGUAGGAGACAAAAUGUAAAUGGGAAGCAGAAGAAAUUGACAAAGGAAGGAUUGGACAUGGAUCUAGACAGGUACAUGGGAAAUGAUGAUACAAUUAAAUUCAAACUUGACAGAGAGCUCGAUGAUUACUUUAACAAGGAAAGCUAG